AUGUCUUUUGGCAAUUGCGCUAAUGAUGCAACUCUAGUCCCCAAGAACCGGAGAAUUAUCGACCUCAAUAAUGUUCCACUCGUGAGCGGUACCGCUUUCGUCAAAUGGCGCCUACCGUCAUCUAGUGCGCCUGAACACCAUGGACAUACAGAUAAGGCGAUCAUCAUAGACCAUCGGGCAUAUUGGAAUUACGAGAAGGUCCUGCAGGUCAGGCUCACCAUCGACCGCAACCAGACUUUACACGAAUGCGAGUUGUAUUUCGAAAUUAUUCAAGAGUUUGCGUCAGGAGGGAACAACGAGAAGAAUCUGCUAGGAAGGAUCAGACUCAACCUUUCCGAAUAUGUGGAUAAGAGUGACGAUGACGAGGGCAUCGUCCGGAGAUACUUGAUGCAGGAUAGCAAGAUCAACAGCACACUAAAAGUUGGUAUAGCCACACGCCAAGUUGAAGGGGAUCGGAACUACAUUACGCCGCCUCUCAAAUCAGCCAUGGUCUUUGGCGGAAUCGCUGGGGUUGUAUCCUCUGAACAAGGCGAACAUGACGACCUGGGUCGGCUUCCCUCGAUCAACACCCAGAGUCGCGAAGUGACAGAUAUGCAAGACAUGUACCGCCGCACGCUGGCUGCGUCUUGGAAUUCUCGGGCGGACGAUCUACCGGCCGACAAGCUGAUUGAAGAACUGUUCUCCGGCGGCAUUAGCUGGGCAGACGGCCAUGAUGCCCGUGCCGAGAAAUCUAUCGAGAGUCAGGCAGAUCGACUGUCACCACAUGGGCGCACAAGCGUCAGGCAAGCUUCAUCAGACAAUCGAUUGUCUCCUUCCAAUUUUGAGAGGCGACCAAGGAGUUCUUCAAGCAACCAUUAUCGCAAUGAUGUGAAAGGCACAGACUUUGCCCCAGCUGUUGAUCAUACCCGGAAAGGCGGGAGCAUAGAGCAGCAACUGUAUGACAACCCCAAAGGCAAGGCUUGGAAAAACCGUACUUCGGAGUUUGAACUGUCGGAGUUCGAUGUGCGCGAGGAUUUGCGGAGUUGGGAGGUCAUGAACAAGGAUCUUUUAGGCUGCCGGCUGCUCCCAGAAUGCAGAGCAAGCUUUCUCCCUCCCUCCUUGCGCCGGCAUAAUGUAUCUAUCCGGUUCGAGUCCACCGAAACUGAUGCCAAUGACGACGAGACGCCGCCGCAACAUGUAUCUUCGCGCCGUACCCCCGGCCACAACCGUCUUCAGCACCGGCUCAAACGGAGACUGGGUAAAAAAGUACCGAUUUCUGUUACCUCGCUUGGAAAUCCUGGUGAAGUAGUAGUUGUCAAAGAUCGGCAACGUCGUCGACUACGCAUAGCCAAGGACGAACCGAAGGAAGUCACCGACAAAAAUGCGCUUCCCCUCUUUCUGAGAGAAAUAGAGAAUGACGAUACUUUUGUUGAUAGCGAACUACUCAAAACUCGUGUUGAAAGUUUCCGUCUCGACUACGAACCCCACCACAAGUUGCCCGUUGCCGAUUGGAAGGAGCUCCGAAACAAAAUGCAGUCGUCAUUUACCUAUCGGCAGUUAUUGGACUAUAUAAUAGAAUCGAAGGAGAACGAUUUGGAUAAUGACGGAACACCAGAGACAACACCCACGCGCUGGACACCUGGAGUCUCCGAGUUUCUUGAAACCAGUUAUCUUUCCCGAAAAGGUGUCGCCGAUAGAGUUGCGGCGUCGCAAGGCCUCAAGGGGAAGUAUCUACUGGCUGAAAGGAUACUCCGUGACUGCUGGCAUCUUGGAGUCCUUGAUGAGGUUGGUCAGCUAGAUAUACAGCUGCCGACGCAUAUACUGUCUCUGCUCCUCAGUUCGCAGCACUUUUCUUUCGAAGAAUUAGCCAACUUGCACGACGCAAAGAUCGAUGUCACGCAUUCGCUUGGUCUCGUGAGGAUUACGGGGAUGCAGCGUAUCUGUGAAUCAAUUAGUGAGAUUGUACACGAUGCCACUGCUAGAGUCCGACAGGAAAGCGUUGAAUUGCCACCCGACGAAACGAAAACGAAAGUCAACAACCGCAUCUUUACUCCAGAAUUUCUCUCGUGGAUGACCAAAACCUAUAGAGUAGCAUUUGAACAAAAUACGCCACAUACGCCAAGCCAAAUCUACUAUCUUGCCGAAGACAAACAGGAUGCAGAUAAUGCCCGUAGGGCCCUGCACCUUGCCUAUUACAGUGGGACUGCUCCUGCUGUACCUUUCAGCACAUACCUACCCUCAACCGAGCCAGCCAGCGUCCAUGACAUUGAUCCCGAGAGCAACACAUCAUGGUUCGAGAGGCAAAAGGCAUGGUUCCGAUGGGCCACGCCAGCAACUCAGUCUGACGAGGUAAAGCCCUCAGACACAGAAUUGUUCGAUAACCAUCAAACACGGGUAUCCGACGAGCUUUUCAAGCUACUUCGACAGAAAUCAUCCGUCACUCAUCAGGCACAUCCUGAAACCGGCGCCGACUACCAUGAAUCCAUCACAGCAGCAGUCGGCAAAUGUCUCUUCCUGCGCAAGCCAUUCUUCGAAGAGAGCUCGGUCAACGCUUCUCAGCUCGGCAGGAUGUCACUCCCAAGGACCUUCACCACCGACAUACCUCGCGCAGCCCAAUUUCUCCGCACUCUCACUCCCAAACCAGUAGACGAACACCAACAAGCCUACCGCAUUCGGCUAGUCCCAUCAGCUCUUAACGCCAACGUCUUCCCCCAACUUGAGCUGGAAGUCACUGCCAAAACAAGCAGCACACCCGAAGAUACAACACCCGAAUUCUCCAUGCGCAGCGCAAAACUCGUUAUCUCCGAAAGCAACGUCGACUACCUCCUCCCCGAGAACGGACUUGACCUCCGCUUCACUCGCAAACUCACCCGGGAGCUCCUUCCCCAGGCCCAAGACAGCAACUCCUUCUCCCUCUCAAACAUCGAGGAAUCCCUCCGAAACCUCUUCUCCCGAACUUCCACAACAGACAAAGAACUACCUCUCCCCCCGUUCACACAAGUCACGCUCCCCCGCGAUAUUCUUCCCCAGGACGCCGCCGACAAUUCCGCAGAGUACAUCUUCCUCCCCGUCAGCGAUAUCCGAGGAACUCGUAUUCACAAGUACGAUUUCCGUGGGCAGCAGCUGGAUUAUGCUUUCUACGAGAGCGGACCGUUCAACCCGUACCGUACCACGGAUUUGUUCCUGAACAUGGAUAUGACUGACGGUUCUGCGUCGGCUGAGUCCUCCGCUGAUGUUUCUUCCGAGAGCGUGUCGCGGGAUGCUGUUGCAUCUAAGGAUAAGUUCCACACAUUCUAUAACACUGCUUGUGCGUUGGCUUUCGAGUUGGAUAGAGCGAGGCGCUUGGGAGCUGUUUGGAAUGAUACUAUUUGA